AUGAAGGAGGCCGUGUCUCAACAACAUCCGGUCAUUGAGUAUCAGGGACAGAGGCUGCGAGUGUUGAAGAAAGACAAGUUCCUCGGACCUUAUGGGUGGAAUGUGAGCAAGCUCAUUGAUGUCAGUACGAAUGAUAUUGCCUGGGAUUUCCGUUCGGAUGAGAGGAGCAGGUUGGAUCAAGUGCUGCGGGAGGGUGUGUUUGUGCAGGAGAGUGAAGAGCGAGCUACUGUACAAGAUCAGAAGAACGUCCCCAGUGAACAGCGAGCCAAUGCAGAAGAUGAGAAGAAUGAGCUGAGAGAACAGCCAGAAAAUGAAGAGCUUACGAAGAAUGGGCUCAAGGCCGUUCAGGCUGCCGAUGGAUCAGAGGACACAUCCAAGGUGUGGAGCAUCAAAGUGCACCAAGACGGUACGCUGGAAAGGGACGGUUCGGUCGGGGACCGCGUUGCAUGGGCCAUCGAGCACCAGGGGAGGAGAGUAGCAUGUAAGAACGCUCACGCGUGCCUGACGUACAAAUACUCUUCAUCGGUCGAGUUCAAAGCUUUCCUGGUCGACAUGCAAACAUACAGUCGUUGUGUGUCGAAUGAGGUCCAGUUCCUCCCUCCUUCAUCCUCAGCCAGCGGCUUCGUUGAGAUGUCGAGCGAGAGCUUGGAUCGGAGUGUAGACCGAAGUGACUUCCACAUCGUUCCCAAAGAUGCUGCUGUUGCCCCUAAGUCAUAUGCUGAGGGACCGCAAGUAGUCAGCUCAGCUGAAGUUGAAGCCCUGUUUCCCGGCACAUUGCACAAGAUGAUGAAGGAGACUAUCUUGGACAAGAUUGAAGCUGGAGAACUGUGUCAUGGUGAUGCGAAGACAGGGCAUCGGGGAGUGUUCGAAGAUGUUGCAACUUCUAUCAAGCAUGUCUUGAAUGAGAGUGCACAAAAGUGUGCUGUCUCAGAACAAUCUCGAUUGAUCGCCCACGCAAUACAUGAUGAAAUUGUAAAGGUUUACGACGCUUUGUUGAGACAGAGCAAUGAUGGCAAAGUGUCGUUUAUGCAAGAGCGCAUCAAAGAGCUCGAUGCUGAAGUUCAAUGUUUGAUGGAGGCGAGCAAAGAUUACGAGAAGAGAUACAAACUUGCAGAACAAGACUUGGAGUUCGCCAAGGAGAGGGAAAAAGUUCUUGCCGAGCGAGAGAGCGAUCUCAAGGCUUGUCUGUCGGGGCUGAAACUCCAGCUGGAAGGGCUGGAAGAAGAGAAGAGGAUGUACCUCGUGGAAAAGAAACAUCUCACGGGCAGCUACCAGAGUCUGUUACAGGAGGUGCACGAUGUUGAGGCGGAGCUGAGACCCUCCCUGCUUUCGCUCAGCACUGACUUUGCAACGAUGUCGGGGCUGUUGAUGGAAGCAAGGGCUAACAAGGAUCGAUUUGCCUUGAAGGUGGAAGAGUUGGAAGAGCAGCUUGAAGCUGCCAAAAGUGACAACGAGAGUUUGGAAUCGCGUGUGAUUGACCUAGAAGAAGAAGUUCGAGAACUAAGCUCGCAAUCGGUGCUGAAUGGAAACAACUUGAAAGUGGCCUCGAACAGGUUGUCAAUGUUGCAGUGGGAGCAGCGGCAUGUCAAGACAGCCCUGAAGGACGUCUGUGAUGAGUUGAAGGAGACAAUCUGUCUGCUGGCGGAUACACAGACUGUCCAGCCUUGUCAGUUCGCCGACACGAGCUCGACGUCGUCAUGGGCUGAAUCUCUACAAUCCGUUGAAAAGCUGCAGAGGGACAUCGAAAGCGUUGAAGAGAAGCUGAGCAUCGGGAUGGAGAUGGUGAAACACAAGCAGACAAGUUUGCAUAUCCUCGAGCAAACAAGCAGGUAUCACGAGCGGCAGAAACGUGCUCUGCUCGAACAAGUCUGCAGAUCUCUCGAGACAUUGUGCAAUGAGCUUCAGACGGUGAGCGCGGAGGCGACAUGUACCACGAUCGAGCUUGGAGAACAACUCGAUCAGUUGUCAAGUCUGCAAACUCACAACAACGAGCAUCUAGAGCAGACAUCUUCAGCGGAGUCAGCAUCUGAAAGCCUGGCAUCAAUAACAAGCCGACACAACCGACAUGUUGAAACUUUGAUGUGCACUCAUGAAAACACAAUAAGCGCGCUGAGGACAGGAUUCGAGUCGCAAAUCUCGGCGCUGGAACAACGGAUCUCUUUCCUCGAGAGCAUCGCACAAGACAAACAAGAUGAAGUGAACGAGCUGGAGGAGGCUCUUGUUGAGCUCGAACAAGAGAAAGACAUGGAGAUCAGCAGGAUCAGACAUGAAAGUGAACUAGCGAUCGUCGAGAUGCAGGCCAAGUUGAAUGCUCAGGAUGCCAUGGUAUCCAUGUUGAAGGAUGUUGACUCGAGUCACCGGCGGUCUAUGAGCGAGAUGGAGUUCAAGACCCAAGAACGAGUCGACAGCGCCAUCGAGAGCCGAGAGAUCGCCAGGCUGAGAACGGAGCUGGAGGAACUGCAGAGGCUGUCGCAAGUGAGGAUACAAGCGAAAUCUGAGAGGGUGAGGGAGUUGGAAGCUGCUCUCCUGCGGAAGGCAGAUAGUCUGAAGAGUCUGCGGACGUGA